GACUCCCCCGUCUGUGGCGGCGGCUGGUUGAUGGGUCCGGAAAUCUCUUGAAGGUGAAUCCAAGCAAGAUAAACGGUGCGGAGAGGAGGCGCGGGGCUGGGCUCAGAGCGGCGGCGGCGGCGGCUCCACUCCCUCCGCGCCCACCCUCCCACCAUGCGGGGCCGCGGCCCAUGGUGAGCCCCAGCAGCCAGCACCAUCGGCUGGAGACGAAGAAGAAGAAGAAGAGGAGGCGGCGAGCGCGGGGGAAGGCGAAAAAGAAAAAGAAAGAAGGGGAGAGGGCUGCCGGCAGCACCAGGACCGACGCGCGCACCAGCUCCGGAGCCCAGCUCGCGCGCGUCUGUGGGGCCGCCUGACUCCGGGGCCGAGGCGGCGGCGGCGGCAGCGGGCGCGGCGGCCCGGGCUGCGCGCCGGCGCGGGACCAUGGAGCGCGGGAUGCACCUCGGUGCAGCGGCCGCCGGCGAGGACGACCUGUUCCUGCACAAGAGCCUGAGCGCCUCCACCGCCAAGCGCUUGGAAGCGGCUUUCCGCUCCACGCCCCCGGGCAUGGACCUGUCCCUGGCGCCGCCGCCUCGGGAACGCCCGGCGUCCUCCUCCUCGUCGCCCCUGGGCUGCUUCGAGCCGGCUGACCCGGAGGGGGCAGGGCUGCUGUUGCCGCCGCCUGGAGGAGGCGGUGGCGGCGGCGGCGGCGGCGCGGGAAGUGGCGGCGGCGGUGGCGGCGGGGUGGGUGUCCCCGGGUUGCUAGUAGGUUCAGCCGGCGUUGGGGGCGACCCUAGCCUGAGCAGCCUGCCGGCCGGGGCCGCCCUUUGCCUCAAAUACGGCGAAAGCGCGAGCCGGGGCUCGGUGGCCGAGAGCAGCGGCGGCGAGCAGAGCCCCGACGACGACAGCGACGGUCGCUGCGAGCUGGUGCUGCGGGCCGGAGUAGCCGACCCGCGGGCCUCCCCGGGAGCGGGAGGUGGUGGCGCGAAGGCAGCCGAGGGCUGCUCCAAUGCCCACCUCCACGGCGGCGCCAGCGUCCCCCCGGGGGGCCUGGGCGGCGGCGGCGGCAGCGGCGGGGGUAGCAGCAGCGGUAGCAGUGGCGGCACCGGCGGUGGUGGUGGCGGCAGCGGCGGCAGCAGCAGCAGCAGCAGCAGCAGCAAGAAAUCCAAAGAGCAAAAGGCGCUGCGGCUUAACAUCAAUGCCCGAGAGCGCCGGCGGAUGCACGACCUGAACGACGCGCUGGACGAGCUGCGCGCGGUGAUCCCCUAUGCGCACAGCCCCUCGGUGCGAAAGCUCUCCAAGAUCGCCACGCUGCUGCUCGCCAAGAACUACAUCCUCAUGCAGGCGCAGGCCCUGGAGGAGAUGCGGCGCCUAGUCGCCUACCUCAACCAGGGCCAGGCCAUCUCGGCUGCCUCCCUGCCCAGCUCGGCGGCUGCAGCGGCAGCAGCUGCUGCCCUGCACCCGGCGCUCGGCGCCUACGAGCAGGCAGCCGGCUACCCGUUCAGCGCCGGACUGCCCCCGGCUGCCUCCUGCCCGGAGAAGUGCGCCCUGUUUAACAGCGUCUCCUCCAGCCUCUGCAAACAGUGCACGGAGAAGCCUUAAACACACCCCCGAAAAACACAAGACCGACUCAAAAUCUAGAGGAAAGCGAAAAGCUGCUCCCCACCCCUUUAUUUUGGUCCUCUCGUAGUUGUGAAACACUUGCAGAGCAAACAAAGCAGAGGCAAGAACUGAGAAGUAUCAGAGACAAACGGGACUUUUAGCCUUGACAUCCCCAGAAUCUCGGUCUUUGGGGUGGGGAGGGAGGGAGGAGGGAGGUGGAGUUGGGAUGGAGUAUGGAUGUCUUUUUUUUCUCAGAAAAGUGGCAACUUUGGUGGCAGCCUAGACCGCGAGGAAGUGGAAUCUUCCUUAAAGGUGAAAAAUAAGUUGAGAAGUAGUGCUUGGUUAUUAAGACUGGAGAGUGUUUGAAUGGCAAAAUACUAAUCCUACUAAUAAUUGUGGAUUUGGCUAGUGCUGAGGGGGAGAGGAGGAGUUAGGGGUUGGGUAGCAUGAGAGAUGGAAUAUUCAUUCAGACAAAUCAGAAAGGGCACUUGAAAAUAAAUUUUGAUUCUGAGCCAGGAGAAAAACUUGAAAUGUUGACUUAAGUGAGGGGGAAAUAAAACCCAGAGAGAGAGAGAGAGAGCGAGAGAGAGAGACAUGUUGCUAUGAAAGACUUGUAUUUUUUAUUGUCUCUGAACUUUAAUCCUGUGAAAAUGCUCAAAGUUGUGGCGAGAGUGAUAUGAAAAAACUGACUGUGGCUGAAAGAAUUGCAUUUAAAAAUAUUUAUGUGCACCUUGUUACUUUCUACUCUGCAAUGAUGUAUUAACAAUUCAUGGUAUUUAUUUGUUAUUCUUCAAUGACCCUUCCACAUCAACAGUAUUUAUCAUGUGUUAAGGUCAUGGGUCUCAUGUGCAGAUUUUUUUAAUGCCUCUAAAAUUGUUUUAUAGAUUACUUAUACUGUGUGCCAAGUGUUUAAAGGUUUAUUUGCCAACAAGUAUGAAGAGAAAUAUUGAUGUAUCUAAGCUGCUUAGGUUUAUGAAAGGUCACCUGGAUAUUUUCAGUUGCAUCAUCCCUGUAUUUAAAUUGAGCUUUAAUAAAUUGCUUCAGUCCAAAAAUUACAGGAAAGGUGUAUUCUUAAUUGAUGAAUGAAUUGAUCUCUUUUUUGAAAGGGGACUCCUUUACAUUCCAAAAGGGAAAAACAUCACAGCAAUAGAUCCUAUACGUAAGAACAUGCUAAGCAAAUAUUUUUCCAGGCUGUGCUGUGCAUUUUUAAAAGGUCUAAUUUAAUUGCUUUUAAUAUAUAUGUACAUAUAUAAGUUAUUUUAACUGUGGAGAAUUAUUUAAAAGACUGGUUUGAUUUGCCUAUGGUGUGAAAUCCUUUGUUAUUUUUCUAAAAAAAAAAUUUAAAAAGAAAUAAAACUAAGGAAGAACAAGAAGCUAUUUACCCAAAGUGAGCUUUCAGUUUUAGUUUUGCAUGGCUGUUUGACUGCCUUUCCGCCCUAUGAAAAUCAAGAAAAUCUUUUUUAAAAAUGGAGUCCUGCUAUUUUCCACUCCUUGCAGAUAAUACAAAUUCAGUUUGUCAGGUUGGAUGGUGAGUUGGGAGCUGUGAUGGAUCUGUUGGCGGGUUUUGGAUGUGUAAAGAAUGAUAUAUGUAUUAAAUAGGUCAAUCAGACUAUGACAGCUAUGUAUGACCAUUUGUAUGUGUAUCUAUGUCAGAAAGAAUCUUUAUUAAAAUAUUUUGAUCAAACAUUUUAUUAUGCUGUGCUUUGUGGAAGAAGCAAUCACCUCUCUUCUGUGUUACUCUUUGCUUGAAAGGUAACAAAAAAGAAAGGAGUUUCAGAGAAGGUGGAACUAAAGUUUUUGCAGGGAUGCACAAUUAGAAGUAGCCCUAAUUUACUUGUUUACUUGUUGUAAGGAGGAGAGAUGAAUGGGGUCAGUGGUGAAACCGAGAAGAGAUUCCAAGUUUCUGGCUACUGGCAUGAACUUUGAAGGCCGCAUUCUCCCUGGAAAUCUUUUUCCACUUGUAUGGCAUUGCUAACCAUGCCAGGGCCCGUCAAAGAGGGUAAAGUCAAGAGUUUGUCAUCAAAAUUUCUACCUCCAAAUGCCUGAAGGGCAAGGAAAAAAAUGGACUUGGAUUCUCUGAGUGCUGAUUUCAUUGUGGCUUUCUACUUUUUUGUGAUAAAAAGAAUUAACUGGGUUGAAUCAUAUAAGCAUACACAAUGCCCAUAGAGAUGAUCAGAACUUAAUAGUCUUGCUUGAUGAUGAGAUUUUUAGGUUCCAUGUUUGGAUUGAUUUAGACUUUGAUUCUGUUAAAGAAUGACUGUUGAGACUUGUAUUUUGACCUUUAUAUUGCCCUCAAAUAUAGAAGGCGUGAUUUUUUACUGUGACGCAGGUUGCAGAGAUAGUAGUGGUGGUGGUGCAGAAGUUAGAUGUUUCCUCUGUACCCAGUAUGCUAAAUGCAUUUUUGUCUAUACAGCCUCUGCUCAUAAAGAUAUCCCUAAAUGCCAUCUAACUUAGUGGGGGGUGAGGAAGGAUAUUUUCUGCUCCACUUGCCAUCAAAAAAGAUUAAUCAGAACUUGUAACUUUUCAGAAAACAUAACAGCAAAGGGCCUUGAAGCUGGAGCCCUCCCAGGCUGGGAGUGAGGGCAGAAGGAGGGAGGAGACCAGGGCAGCCCCCAGGCAGGAGCCGACCCGUCUCUCAGCAUUUACCAGACAAAGCCUGGGUGCGUCUAAUUAUGAUUAUUAAAACAAUUUCCAUGACGAUGUCUAAUAUUAUGUUAAUUUGAAAACAACUGUGUAUGAAAACUGUCGACUAUAAUACCUAAAUUCAUUUAAUGAAACACAUCGUUAAGGCAAUUAAACCUCCUGGAUGUGAUUAAGAAACAUAAUUACGACACUGUUCUGCACCAUAAUUGGGUGUCUUUAAUCAAGGGGUAAAGUGAUCAGCAACACAGCCAUUAGUUUGUAUUGUUCUGGCCCUGCUGUCCAUCAUUCUGAUUAGGAAUUAACCACAGCCACCACCAGUCAGAUUUUUUUUUUUCCUUUUGCAUAUUAACAUUGUAGGGGACACAUUUGCUGCAAGAUUUACUGCUUAAUAUUUCUCAUUAUUAGAAGGCCUUCUUGAAAUACUUCCUCUGCAACGUUUGUACUGUUCAACUAUUAUUAAAAAUUGUACAAAA